AUGGACAGACUCGAGCCGUCUCAAGGAUACUCUUCCCUUGGCUUGGUUGUCUGUGUGGCCUAUCUCACCUCCACCAUCGAAACUUCUCUCGUCUUUGAGCGUCCAACCGCCUCAUGGGCCGUCAUUCUCGCCGCCGUCUCCGGCCUUCUGUUGCUGCUGCGCCCGAUCAGGCUGUUGUUCUCUCGCAACCGUCGCCAAAGUCAGAAGUACAGCGCCAUCCCAUUGAAUGACGUCAGCGGAGAUGGCCGCUCGUCGAGCCCGCCGCUGCUGGGAGGCCCAUCCAACAGCCAACCGCGGUCGCGGCUGAAACGAUGGCUUCAUCGCGCAUUCCUGGCCGUCGUUCUGACCAUCCGCGUUGACAUGUUUCGACGGACCGGAUCCAAGGCCGCCGGCGGAAGCCUCGAAGCUCUUGUUCCCUUCUUCAUCGCCCUUGCAGAUCGCUGGUCGAAGGUGACCCGUGGCCAUCAGCAUCACAACCGCAGACACGAGCACAAAGCGACCAACCAACUGCUGGCUACCAAGCCAUCCUCGAGCUUCUGGCUCAGCCCGCUCGCUUAUGCCACCGUCUUUUCGUGGUACGGGGCUUUGGCCAUAUGGUAUUCGCCUUCUUCCUUGGCUUCAACCUACAUCUCGGACCAACAGCUUGGCUCUUUGACUACAGGGACCCCUCUUCAGAUCGUUGGAGCUGCCUUGGAUGUGCUUCUCGCCAUUUAUGUGGCUACAUCACUUGAAUUGUCUACAAACGCCCGUGUUGAGAGUAGAGAUGAGUCGGUACACUCAGUUGGGCUGUCCUUCCUUAUCGCCACAGCUGCGUGUCUUGUCUUGGGUGCAGCCGACAGUAUCGUCCAAGAGCCGGCGCACGUAUUCUAUCAGCCUGAGAACUUCGCGCCCCGCAUCGUGAAAAUCGCCUUUGCUGUGAGCUUCAUGACUUUUUGUGCGCUUCAUACAAUCAGUCACAGCGGGGCCUUGGAUGCCUCCCUGCUGAUUCUCUGCACCGGCUCGGCGGUCACUCUUGCCGUCAAAACCUGGAAUCCCCCAACCCCGUUCUUGGAUGCUCCCGAGUUCAGGGCUCUUAUUCCUCUGGGAUUUGUCGUGGGCUUGAUACUCCACUCGCUUGCUGACUUUAGAAAACAAUGGCCCGCGGAUGCUCAGGGAAAACCUGACCGACCAAAGCGGCGCUGGAGCCUAUUCCAUCUUUACGGACUUUUCUUUGCCAUCCAAACACUGUUGAUAAACUGGGGACAUGCCGAGAUACAUGUCCACCCAGUGGACAUCUUGAUCGACCAAGCAAAGCAGCAACAUGACACAUGGCUGAAGACAGCAUCUGCUAGCACCUCUCUGGCCGACGCCACUCGCAACUACGUCGCUCGAUACAACAUGACACCGCCACCACUUUUUGACAAGUGGUACGAGUACGCCAUAAAUCAAUCUUCGGUCAUCAUCGAUGAAUUUGAUGCCAUACACGAAGACCUCCUGCCAUUCUGGUCGCUUUCGCCCGCCGAGAUUCGAAAAAGAACCAAAGAGGCCCUGGCGUCUCCUCUAGGGAUUGGGGGUAUCCAAAUUCGGAACGGAGUGGCGUCAAUCACUGGUGACCCUCCCGGAACGCACCGAUGGGCACUGGAUGGCGUUAUCGCAAUGAUCGAAAAAUUCGGUGAAUUUCUACCGGAUAUGGACCUCGCCUUCAAUCUCAAUGACGAGCCCCGUGUAUCCGUUCCAUACCAAGAACUCGGCCGGGUCCGGGAAGCUGCCUCCCUUGGAUUGGCUAACCACAGAACCAAGAGCCCAAGCCUGAAGGAGUUCAGCAAAAACCGAACAGAAGGCUGGGCGGUGCUUCCCGACGAACCUCUUGAUCUAGGCCGCUUCAUCACGCUUUCCUUCCAGAACACCUGGGACUUCGGCUCCGCCCACUGUCCUCCCGACUCUCCAGCCCGCACAAACCGCCACCUCGACCCAAACACCUUCUGCGCCUCAUGCGCGGCCCCGCACUCGUCGGGCAUCUUCCUAUCAAACUGGACCUACGCCACCACCGACAUAUGCCACCAACCGGACCUCGCCCACCUCCACGGCUUCUACCUCAGCCCCUCGGCCUUCGACCCAACCCAACACCUCAUGCCCAUCUUCAGCCAAAGCAAAGCCCCAGGCUUCAACGACAUCCGCUACCCCUCCCCCUGGAACUACCUCGGCAAAGCCCGCUACGACCCAACCUCCGACUUCCCCGACCCGCCCUUCGCCGCAAAGGACCCCACCCUCUUCUGGCGCGGCGCCACCACCGAAGGCUACUCCUCGCACUUCACCAACCCCUCGGGCGCCUGGCGCGGCAUGGCCCGCCAGCGCGCCGUCGCCCUCCUCACCAACACCAGCACCCCGCAACCGCUGCUCCUCCACUCAUCCUCUUCCUCCCAAUCCUCCUCCCCGGCCCUCCACUACGCCCCCAUCCCCCCCGCCACCCUCCACUCCCGCCUCUCCCCCUCCGCCCUCUUCACCUCCAUCACCCGCUGCACCGACCCCGCCUGCGCCGCGCAGCAAUCCUUCUUCGCCCCGUCCGGCACCGGCGGCUCCCACACCCCGGACUUCCAGGCCCACUGGCGCCACGCCUACCUGCUCGACCUCGACGGCGCCGGCUUCUCCGGCCGCUUCGUGCCGUUCCUGCGCAGCGCUUCGCUGCCGUUGAAGUCGCAGUCGCUGUUUCGCGAGUGGUGGGAGAGUCGGGUGCGCGCGUGGUGGCAUUUCGUGCCGUUGGAUUUGCGGGGGCAGGGGGUGUGGGCGUCGUGGGCGUAUUUUGUGGGGUGGGAGGGGGAGCAGGGGGAUGGAGAGGGGAGGUGGGAGGGAAGGAGGGAGGUGGCGGAGAGGUUGGCGGGGGAGGGGAGGAGGUGGGCGGGGGAGGUGUUGAGGGGGGUGGAUAUGGAGGUUUAUUUGUUUAGGGUGUUGUUGGAGUGGGGGAGGUUGACGGAUGAUGCGAGGGAGGGUGGGAAGGGAGGGGGGGAGUGA